AUGGACGGACCGUCAAGUGUAUCUUUCGGCAACAUUGCGUAUUUGACGUUUGAGUCGGUGCUGCAAGUGGUUAUCGUCGCAUUUUCCGGGUUCUGGUGUGCGUACACGGGGCUGCUACCUAAACAGGGCCAGAAAGUGAUCUCUAAGCUAAAUGUGGACCUUUUCACACCAUGUUUGAUUUUUAGCAAACUAGCACGCAGUUUAUCUGUGGCCAAGAUUUUGGAGAUUGGAGUGAUCCCAGUCUUCUACGCACUCACCACAGGCGUAUCAUUCGGAUCUGGCAAAUUAAUGAGCCGGUUGCUCAAACUGGACCACGACGAAACAAAUUUUGUGGUGGCCAACUCAAUUUUUGGGAACAGCAACUCGCUUCCUGUCUCCUUGACCGUCUCGCUGGCUUAUACGCUGCCGGGUCUAUUGUGGGACGAAAUCGCCAACGACAACUCCGAUAAUGUGGCCAGUAGAGGUAUCCUGUACCUAUUGAUCUUUCAACAGAUCGGGCACGUGCUCCGCUGGUCGUAUGGUUACAACACCUUGAUGAGAUGGAGUGGCGAUCGGGGUACUCCCGCAACUGUCAGUGUGUCUGAGCAGUUGGAAGUGCCCGAUCUUUCGGUCAGAGAUGAGGAUGCAGAGGGCAACAGUACGUUUUCGAACCGCACUUCCAGCUCUUUGCUGAAAUUCCGUUCUAAAGCUUCUCAAAUGUUCAAUAAAGUGGCUGCUGCCAUGAACCCUCCUCUGUGGUCCAUGGUCUUUAGUGUUUUGGUGGCCACCAUCCACCCUAUCCAGCAUGAAUUUUUCAGCAAGGAUGGUUUUGUCAACAAUACCCUAUCCGACGCCAUAACUCAGCUUGGAGGCAUCUCUAUUCCAUUGAUUUUGGUGGUUCUGGGAUCGAACCUAUAUCCAUCCCAAGACACUCCACAGAUGACGCGUAACUACAAAAAGAUGGUUUUUGGUUCCAUUGUCGGCCGUAUGAUCCUUCCGUCGAUGGUUAUGCUGCCUAUCAUCGCUGUAGCCGUGAAAUACAUUAAGGUGAGCAUUCUGGAUGACCCUAUCUUCCUGGUGUGUGGCUUCAUCUUGACAAUCUCGCCACCUGCCAUUCAACUAACCCAAAUUACACAGCUCAACGAAUUUUUCGAAAGCGAAAUGGCCGGUGUGUUGUUUUGGGGUUACGUGGUACUAUCGCUACCGAUUAGUAUAUUCGGUGUAAGUGCUGCCAUGGGCGUAUUGAAAUGGGCCCAAGAAUCUCAGUAG